AUGGCAGUUGGCUGGAAAAAAUUCACCGGUAAAUCGCAAUAUCCCGAACUAACGUCAAAUGGAGAAGGAUCAGCUUUCACCUACGGAUCGAAGAGGGAUCGAGGUUUCCGAAUGGGUUGGAUUCAAGGUCGUCGUGAUGAACAAAUUGAAAAAGAGCUAAUCGAGUGGAUAAAUUAUGUUACUGUAGAAAAGCUCACAUCGACGAAUGCAGUAGAAGCUUUAAGCGAUGGAAAAAUAUUGUGCAAACUUCUUCUUCGAAUCAACCCCAAUAUUCUACUUCGCCCAAUUAACCAAAAACCACCGUUGUUCUCAGCAACUGACAAUAUUGCCAAUUUUAUUGAUAGCCUCCGGAAUUGUGGAUUCCAUGAUGAUGAGCUCUUCCCAACCGCCGUGUUAUUGGAGAAACGCGAUUUGACACCAGAUUAUACCAAGAUGAACAAUCAAGAAGUAAACAGUAUUAUCAUUGAUGUAUUGAACAUCGGAACACACGAAAAGCCGAUUUCGAAAGCAAUAACUGAGGAUCGAAUUAUUAAGUUAUUAGAUUGUGGAAAGGAGAUAUUGAAAGUUCAAGGAUCGAUGGUUGAAGUCGAAACUCCAAUCAGAAUCUGCGGAGAUAUUCACGGUCAAUAUCCAGAUCUCAUUCGAUUGUUUCAUCGCGGUGGAUGGCCUCCUACUGCUAACUACUUAUUUCUCGGUGAUUACGUUGACCGCGGGCGAUUCAAUCUCGAAACAAUCAUACUCUUGACAGCUUAUAAAGUCCGAUUUCCAAAGAAUUUCUUCUUGCUCCGUGGCAAUCAUGAAUGCGAGUUUGUCAAUAAAGCAUAUGGAUUCUAUGAAGAAUGUCAGAAACGAUAUUCUAGUACGAGACUCUACGAAGCUUUCCAAGAUUUCUUCAAUUGGCUUCCACUUUCUGGACUUGUCGCUGAAAGAAUUCUUUGCAUGCAUGGCGGCCUCUCUCCUGAGAUCAAAACAUUGAAUGAUCUGAGAAAUAUUCAGCGACCGACAGCGGCAAAAGGACCACUUGAAUUGGACCUUCUAUGGGCUGAUCCGGUCAUCGGACUCACCGGAUUUAUGCCAAAUCAAAGAGGAGCUGGCGUGGGCUUUGGAAAAGAUGUGGUCCAUAAAUUGUGUACCGAAAUGAAUAUCGAUUUGAUAUGCCGUGCCCAUCAAGUGGUACAAGAUGGCUACGAAUUUUUUGGCGGCCGCAAAUUGGUCACACUGUUCUCGGCUCCUCAUUAUUGCGGACAAUUCGACAACUGUGCGGCGUUUAUGAUUGUCGACGAGAAAUUGCAGUGUUCGUUUGAAAUUCUUCGCCCAACAACUGGCCGAUUGGAAGUUCGCGAGAAGACCCUAUUAAAGGAUGACACUUAA